UGUACUGCUUGUAUCAUUCAUGGUAAUGGUGUGGAAAUGUGAUUUAUUCUAAUUUCUUACUGUUUUAUCUUUCAAAAUGAAUGAAAACGAUGGGAAAGAAUUCGCUGCACUUGGAGUGAAACAAUGGCUGAUAAAACAAUUAUUCAGUUUGGGUAUAAAGACACCAACGCCGAUCCAAAGAGGAUGUAUACCUCAGAUUCUAGCUGGAGAGGACUGUAUAGGUGCAGCCAAGACGGGCUCUGGCAAAACCUUUGCGUUUGCAUUGCCGAUACUGCAACAUUUAGCCGAGGACCCCUAUGGGAUAUUUGCCUUGGUUCUCACACCUACUCAUGAGUUGGCUUAUCAAAUUGCAGAUCAAUUUAGCAUCUUAGGCCAGCCGCUUCAACUCAGAGUGUGCAUCGUAACAGGAGGGUCCGACCAGCUCGAGGAAUCGUUGAAGCUGGCAAAGCGGCCACACAUAGUGGUGGCUAUGCCGGGAAGAUUAGCUGAUCAUAUCAGUGGGUGCGACACAUUUUCAUUAAAGAAGAUCAAGUAUUUAGUACUGGAUGAAGCUGAUAGAUUAUUCAGUGAAUCGUUUCAAGAGGACCUAGAAACAAUAUUCAAUGCGUUGCCUCAACAAAGACAGAAUCUGUUGUUUUCCGCCACAAUCACUGCUGAUGUUCGAGAAUCAAAAAUACUACCACUGAACAAAGAUAAACUUCAAAUAUGGACUGAGGCAGACACACAGUUAACAGUGUCGACACUAGACCAGCGAUAUGUCGUAUGUCCCGCUUACGCCAGAGACGUGUACUUGGUGCAGACCUUGAGGAAAUACAGGGAGGCCAAGCCCAGCUCACAUGUUAUUGUGUUUACUGAUACCAAAAAAGAAUGUCAAGUCCUGUCGAUGAUGAUGAACGCAAUAGGCAUGGACAACGUGUGCCUCCACGGCUUCAUGAGACAGAAGGAGCGAGUGGCAGCUCUUACGCAGUUCCGAAGUAACUUAAAGUGUACGUUGGUGGCUACCAAUGUAGCUGCGAGGGGAUUGGACAUACCCACUGUUGAUUUGGUCGUCAACCACAAACUGCCUUUGGAGCCUAAGGAGUACAUUCACAGGGUAGGCAGAACGGCGCGCGCGGGUAGAAGCGGUCUGGCGAUAUCUCUGAUCACUCCAUACGAUAUUCUCAGGUUGGGAGAGAUUGAAGACCAGAUCAAUACUAAACUUAGCGAGUAUAAGAUUGACGACGACGAAGCAGUGAAGGUGUUCACAACAGUGAGCGUGACGCGGCGCGAGCAGGAGGCGCAACUUGACAACGAGGAGUUCGAACAGCGGAAGAAGAACUACCGGAUCAAGAGGUGGAGACAGGCCGGCGUCGACCCCCAAGCUAUGGAAGAAGGACUUGAAGAAAUGCGACGCAAACGCAUCAAAGCAGCAAAGAAAGCAAAACUAGCCAAGAUAAAGCAACUACAAACACAAAUGAAAGAACAGGGCGAGGGAGUGGGACAGAAUGACGACAGUCGCGUACGUCAGAGCGAGACGGAAGAUAUUGACGCUACAAUAAAAGAUGGCUUGAAAAAAGUAAAUAAAAGUCUUAUGAAGAAAGAUGAUAGAUUUAAGAAUGUUAUAGGGAAGAUCAGUAAGAUUAAAAGGAAAGCUGAUAAUGUUAAGGAGAAGGAAGUAAAAGGUAGAGUUUCUAAGAAGAAAUGUGUUGCCAGUAAUAAAAAAUAGGUAUAGAUUUU